AUGCCGAGAAUUAGACCACAGCUAGCCAAAGAGAAGAUUGAAGGAUGCCAUAUUUGUACAUCUGUCACACCUGGUGAACCUCAAGUGUUCUUGGGAAAAGAUAAGGCCUUCACUUUUGAUUAUGUCUUUAACAUUGACUCGCAGCAAGAAGAAAUCUAUAUACAGUGUAUAGAAAAACUAAUUGAAGGUUGCUUUGAAGGCUACAAUGCCACUGUUUUUGCUUAUGGCCAAACAGGUGCUGGCAAAACAUACACCAUGGGCACUGGAUUUGAUGUCAACAUAACAGAAGAGGAACAAGGCAUUAUAUCGCGUGCUGUUAAGCAUCUUUUCAGAUGUAUUGAAGAAAAAAAACAAGCUGCUAUUAAACAAGGACUUCCACCUCCAGAUUUUAAAGUGAAUGCACAGUUCUUAGAGCUUUACAAUGAAGAAAUUCUUGAUCUGUUUGAUACCACACGUGAUAUUGAUGCAAAGAAUAAAAAAUCAAAUAUUAAAAUACAUGAAGAUUCAGCGGGAGGAAUUUAUACAGUGGGUGUUACAACCCGAACUGUGAAUGGAGAAUCGGAGAUGAUGCAGUGCUUGAAGCUGGGGGCUUUGUCUCGAACCACUGCCAGCACUCAGAUGAAUGUUCAGAGCUCACGGUCACAUGCUAUCUUUACUAUCCACUUAUGUCAAACCAGAGUCUGUCCUGCAUUUAACACUGAUAAUGCCACUGAUAACAGGAUAAUAUCUGAAUCUUCUGAGAUGAAUGAAUUUGAAACUCUUACUGCCAAGUUCCAUUUUGUUGAUCUAGCAGGAUCAGAAAGGUUAAAGCGAACAGGAGCUACAGGAGAAAGGGCAAAAGAAGGCAUUUCCAUCAACUGUGGACUACUGGCACUUGGUAAUGUAAUAAGUGCACUGGGAGAUAAAAGUAAGAAGGCAACUCAUGUACCAUACAGAGAUUCAAAGCUUACAAGGCUACUUCAAGACUCUCUUGGGGGAAACAGUCAAACGCUUAUGAUAGCAUGCGUGAGCCCUUCAGAUCGAGAUUUCAUGGAAACUUUGAACACAUUAAAGUAUGCCAAUCGGGCCCGGAACAUCAAGAACAAGGUGGUGGUUAAUCAGGAUAGGGCGAGUCAACAAAUAAAUGCUUUGCGCAGUGAGAUUACACGGCUACAAAUGGAACUCAUGGAAUACAAAACAGGUAAAAGGAUUAUAGAUGAAGAAGGUGUUGAAAGCAUUAAUGACAUGUUUCAUGAAAAUGCGAUGCUGCAAACAGAAAACAACAAUCUCCGUGUUAGAAUUAAAGCAAUGCAAGAGACUAUUGAUGCACUGAGAGCAAGAAUAACGCAACUUAUGAGUGAUCAGGCCAACCAAGUGCUAGCCAGAGCAGGAGAAGGAAAUGAAGAAAUUAGUAACAUGAUUCAUAAUUAUAUCAAGGAAAUUGAAGAUCUCAGAGCAAAAUUAUUAGAAAGUGAAGCAGUGAAUGAAAAUCUUCGACGCAACUUGUCAAGAGCUUCAGCAAGAUCUACGUACUUUGGUGGACCAUCAGCAUUUUCUGCUUCUAUGCUUUCUUCAGAGAAAGAGACAAUGGAAAUUCUAGAUAUAGCCAAGAAAGAUCUAGAAAAGCUGAAAAAAAAAGAAAGGAAAAAGAAAAAGAGGCUACAGAAACUUGAGGAAAGCAGUCAAGAAGAAAGAAGUGUUAAAGAGGAUAACACAGAUAACGAGCAGGAGAAGAGAGAUGAAAAAGGCACUUCGGAGAGAGAGAAUAAUGAAUUGGAAGCAGAGGAAAUUCAGGAAGCAAGUGAUCAUGAGGAUGAAGAUGAGGAAGAUGAUGAGGAUGAAGAUGACAUGGAAGUUGUUGAAAGCUCAGAUGAAUCAGAUUCUGAUUCUGAUGAAAAAGAAAAUUAUCAAGCUGACUUGGCAAAUAUCACCUGUGAAAUAGCCAUUAAGCAGAAACUGAUAGAUGAACUAGAGAACAGCCAGCGAAGGUUGCAAACACUGAAAAAACAAUAUGAAGAGAAACUAAUGAUGCUACAACAUAAAAUUCGAGAUACUCAGCUUGAAAGAGAUCAGGUUCUUCAAAACUUAGGUUCUGUAGAGACCUAUUCAGAAGAAAAGGCAAAAAAAAUCAAGUUGGAAUAUGAAAAGAAACUCCAAGCCAUGAAUAAAGAAUUGCAGAGACUUCAAACAGCACAAAAGGAACACGCACGAUUGCUUAAAAAUCAGUCUCAAUACGAAAAGCAACUGAAGAAACUGCAGCAGGAGGUGACAGAGAUGAAGAAAACCAAGGUUCGCUUGAUGAAACAAAUGAAAGAAGAGCAGGAGAAAGCUAGAAUGACUGAAUCUAGAAGAAAUAGAGAGAUUGCACAGCUUAAAAAGGAGCAACGCAAACGAGAGCAUCAGCUCAAGCUUCUUGAAGCUCAGAAAAGAAAUCAAGAAGUUAUCUUACGUCGCAAAACUGAAGAGGUUACAGCCCUUCGUCGGCAAGUAAGGCCUCUGUCUGAUAAAGUGGCAGGAAAAGUAAGUCGAAAGCUGAGUCUGCCUGAGCAUCCUAUACAGGAAGCAAGUUCUAGCUCAUCAGUUGAGCACGAUGGUUCAAGAACAGCAGUGCAGCAGAAGAUGAGAAUUCCUGUUGCAAGGGUUCAAGCAUUAUCUGUAACUGCAACAAAUGGAACAGGAAAGAAAUAUCAGCGGAAAGCAGUGACAAGCAGAGUUUACUCCUCAAAGGCAGCCAGGAUGAAAUGGCAGUUACUUGAACGCAGAGUGACUGAUAUCAUUAUGCAGAGGAUGACCAUUUCCAAUAUGGAGGCAGAUAUGAACAGGUUACUUACGCAACGUGAAGAACUUACAAAAAGAAGAGAAAAGCUUUCAAAGAAAAGAGAGAAGCUCAUCAAGGAUGGGGGUGGCAGUGAAGCAGAUAGAAACGUCCAAAACAUAAAUGAAGAGAUGGAAUCACUAACUGCGAAUAUAGACUACAUUAAUGACAGCAUUACUGACUGCCAAGCAAACAUUAUGCAAAUGGAGGAAGCAAAGGAAGAAGGAGAGACCUUGGAUGUAACAGCAGUGAUUAAUGCUUGCACUUUGACAGAAGCUCGGUAUUUGCUUGAUCACUUCCUCACGAUGGGUAUCAAUAAGGGUCUCCAAGCAGCUCAGAAAGAAGCUCAGAUCAAAGUUCUUGAGGGACGCCUUAAGCAGACAGAAAUUACUAGUGCUACUCAAAACCAGCUGCUGUUUCAUAUGCUAAAAGAAAAAGCCGAGUUAAAUCCUGAACUUGAUGCUUUGCUGGGUCAUGCUUUGCAAGACCUAGAUAGCAUAUCGCUGGAAAAUGUGGAAGAUAGUACUGAUGAGGAUGCCCCAUUGCAUAGUCCUGGGACAGAAGGAAGUUCAUUAUCUUCAGAUCUUUUGAAGCUUUGUGGUGAAGUCAAACCCAAAAGCAAGGCCCGCCGGAGGACCACUACUCAGAUGGAAUUGCUAUAUGCAGACAGCAGUGAUUUAGUCUCUGACAUUAGUGCUGCAGACUCUACUUUGGCUGGUCCUCUUGCAUCAGUUGCAGAAACCCAAGAAAGUGGGAUGGCUGCUGACACAAAUGAUACUUCUGCUAGGGACAGAGAGUUUAUUCCCCCACCAUCUGGCUUACCUUCUAAGAUAGGCAGCAUUUCUAGACAGCCAUCUCUGUCAGAGAAGAAGAUACCUGAGCCUUCACCUUUAGCGAAGAGAAAAGCCUAUGAGAAAACAAUGGAAAAGACAAAGGCAAAAGAACAAAAACUCUCAGAUUCUGGAGCCCCAGAGGCUAGUCUGUCACCUCCUACUUCCCCACCAAGCCGGCCCCGUAAUGAAAUGAAUGUUUUUAGUCGUCUUACUGUUUCUCAGGGAAACACAUCAGUUCAGCAGGAUAAGUCUGAUGAAAGUGAUUCCUCUCUGUCGGAGGUACACAGGGGGAUAAUUAACCCAUUCCCUGCUUCAAAAUGUAUCCGAUCAUCCCCGCUUCAGUGUAUCUAUACAGCUGAAGGACAUACCAAGGCUGUGCUUUGUGUUGAUGCAACUGAUGACCUUCUCUUCACUGGAUCUAAAGAUCGUACCUGUAAAGUCUGGAAUCUGGUAACUGGACAAGAGAUUAUGUCUCUAGGGGGUCAUCCAAAUAAUGUUGUUUCCAUAAAAUACUGCAACUACACUAGCCUGGUGUUCACAGUCUCGACCUCCUAUAUCAAGGUGUGGGACAUCAGAGAUUCGGCUAAGUGUAUUCGGACAUUGACGUCUUCAGGCCAAGCGAUGCCUGGUGAUGUGUGUUCAGGAAGUACUAACAGAACAGUCACUAUCCCAGCUGGAGAGAACCAGAUCAAUCAGAUUGCACUAAAUCCAACUGGCACAUUCCUCUAUGCAGCUGCUGGAAACUCAGUGAGGAUGUGGGACCUGAAAAGAUUUCAGUCUACAGGAAAGCUAACUGGUCACCAGGGUCCUGUAAUGUGCCUUACUGUAGAUCGAAUUUCCAAUGGACAAGAUCUUAUUGUCACUGGUUCAAAGGAUCAUUAUAUAAAGGAUCAUGUGCAUCCUGUGCUAGUCCUCUCUUAUGACACUCAGGGAUUUUAUUUUGAAUAUCCAGUGUCGUCGUUACUCUGGAGAGCUUCUGGAGAUUUCUCCUGCCUGUUCCGUAUAAUGCUUACCCCCUUCAUAGCUAUUGCUUUGGCUUAG